AUGGUGCGCCGCGCGGAGGAAUUGCAGGAAUGGAUCUGUAGCGUCACAGCCUCAUCAAACGAUCAUGGUGAACAUCUCUCGGACAUGCUGCGUGAUGGCCAAUUAUUGUGUCAAUUAGCCAACAGUAUUGACCCGAAAGCCAAUCUCAAGGUCAAUAAACUGAACACGGUUUUCCAUUCCAAGGCUAAUACGCGACUGUUUCUCGAGUGGUGCAAGAAGAAAGGUCUAAAAGAAAGCGAUAUAUUCCUGCCAGACGACUUACUGGACACUGAUGCUAACUUUGACAGCGUGCUCGAAACACUUUCCAUUUUAUUUGACAGAUUUGGUACGAUAGGGUACUCUGGUGAGUACGAAGAAGACCCAGUGUCAGAUGCAGAAUCCAUGACGUCUACUGGUAGCUCACAGGAAAGUUCACCCGUCAAAAAAGCAACUAAUAGUAAACUGAGUAAUUUUAUGAAGGGUGGUUUUCUAUCGAGAAAGAAGAAAAAAGGUGGCGAAGACUUGCCAGGAAAAACACCACCAUCAUCGCCUCCGCCGAUGUCACCUCAGACUGGAGGAGAAAUGCUGUCGCCUGAAGGCGCACCACCAUACUCAAGAAGCGACAGUGGAGCAGCGAAUGCGAAUCGUUUAAACGCUUUUUUAAAUCAAGUGCCAGCACCUCACGGAUCGCCGUUGACGCACGCUGAUCGUCCAUCGGGGCCUUCGAAAUCAGCUAACACAGCAAAAAUGGUGUCUGCUACAAAAACACUACCAAGUGUUCCAAAGUCAUUAUCGACGGGAGGUAACAAGCUUAACACCUUCAUGAAUCAACAACCAGCCACUUCAUCUGCUUCGGCAAAACCUCGGUCCCAAAACAAGCUUUCUGCUUUCUUAGCGACAAAUACUGCAAGUCCUUCUCCAUCGCAGCAGACAAACAUUUCGUUGAAAAACGCUGGCAAGCGACCGACUGCCAAUAUAACGCAAAAAGUUCGCACGCCUACCACACCGGUGCCUUUCCAGCCGCGGCAUCGGAUAGAGCGAUCCACAGGUCGCGGAAACUACGUUCGCAAGCGUCAGACAUAUUGGGUUCAUCCGAAACGUCGUCGUAGCAACUUUAGCUUGGAAAAGAAGCGCAAUGCGUUUAUGCAUGAACAACUUGAAAUUAAAGAAGAACAACUCCGUCAACAGGCUGCAGGUGCUAGCAACAAGCAAAAUUUGAUUGUUCCAGGCGUGCAGUGCUACAUUCCUGACAAGGAUGAAGUGUGGCUGCUUUCAGAGAUUGUUGACUAUAAUGAUCGCCGAAAAGAGGUGACAAUCACGGCUUUUCUCGACUCUGGUGAUUCUGAGCAGCGCAUUGUGGAUCUCAAAAACCCGGACGUCAUUCGUGCGGUUGCAGGACCCACAGCUACUGAAGUGGAGUCGCUACCGAUUGCCAUUCUCCACGACAACCCUGAGGGUGUAGAAGACAUGCGCCUUCUUCGAUACCUGAACGAGCCUUCAAUCCUUUUUAAUUUGAAGCAACGGUUCACCGCCUCAAAACCUUACACAUACACGAACGAGAUUGUGAUCGCAGUAAAUCCAUACAAGUGGAUUGAUAACCUAUAUGGUGAUCAUUUGCACGAGCAGUACUUAAAAAAACCUCGUGACUCACUGCCUCCUCACGUGUACUCAACGUCGACUGCUGCUUUCAAGCAUAUGAAGACUAAUGCCAUGAAUCAGAGUAUCUUGGUCAGUGGUGAAUCUGGUGCUGGUAAGACCGAAACAACUAAAAUUGUCAUGAAUCACUUGGCUAGCGUGGCGGGUGGUCGCAAGGACAAGACGAUUGCGAAAGUCAUUGACGUCAACCCGCUUCUUGAGUCGUUUGGUAAUGCAAAGACGACUCGAAAUGACAACAGCUCGCGUUUCGGUAAGUUUACACAGCUGCAAUUUGACAGUCAAGGAAAACUAAUUGGUGCCAAGUGCGAGACAUAUUUACUGGAGAAGUCACGUGUGGUAUCUAUCGCUGAAGGUGAGCGCAACUACCAUAUAUUUUAUCAGCUUUUGGCUGGUCUGUCCGCAAAGGAUCGCAAGGAAUUUGGUCUGGACCCUGACUGUCAAUACCAGUAUGCUGGUGCACUUUCGGAAAUGCAGAUUCCAGGGCUGGAUGAUGCAAAGUGGUUUGCGAGCACGCAGAAGUCGCUGUCUAUAAUCGGACUGGACGGUGGUGCGCAGACAACGUUAUUCAAAAUUCUGGCUGGUGUUUUGCUACUGGGUGAAGUCUUGUUCGACAAAAGUGGUGAGAGUGGGUCACGCAUAUCAAGCGGCUCAGCACUGUCUCAAGCUGCCAAGAUGUUUGGCCUUCCAACCAAGAGUAUCGAGGAAGCGCUGUGUAACCGCACUGUCAUUACGCGUAAUGAUAGUGUCACAGUCCCUUUGUCCCCUGUAGAAGCAGCUGAAAAUCGUGAUGCACUGGCUAAAACUAUCUAUUCAAAGAUGUUUGACUGGAUGGUGGGAAAAAUUAAUGGGGCUAUAAGCACAGAUGAGCGCCGCAUAAAGGGCCAAAUCGGUGUGCUGGAUAUUUUUGGAUUUGAGGAUUUUGCUCAUAAUGGCUUCGAGCAGUUUUGCAUUAACUAUGCAAAUGAAAAACUGCAGCAGAAGUUUACAACGGAUGUGUUUAAAACUGUUGAGGAGGAGUAUAUUCGCGAAGGCCUGCAGUGGGAUCACAUUAAGUAUCAGGAUAACCAGGGAAUUGUGGAGGUCAUUGAGGGCAAGAUGGGAAUUAUUGCCCUCAUGAACGACCAUCUGCGUCAGCCUCGAGAUACGGAGGAGGCUCUGGUGAACAAAAUUCGAACAAAUCACCAGACAAAGAAGGGCGGCGAAGUGAACGAAAGUAUUGACUUCCCUAAGGUGAAGCGUACGCAAUUCAUUAUCAACCACUACGCAGGUUCCGUUACAUAUGAGACGGUGGGGUUUAUGGAAAAACAUCGCGAUACGCUUCAGAAAGACCUACUUGAUUUAAUCCAACUGAGCAGUUUGCCUUUGCUUCCAGAGCUUUUCGAGGACCCCGAAGUUCCUGAGGAAAGUAAUGGGCGCGGCAAAAAAGCUCCUAAGAGUCUUGGCUCACAGUUUAAGACAUCGCUGGCACAAUUGAUGGACAACAUCAGGACGACUAAUUCGCACUAUGUGCGUUGCAUCAAGCCUAACUCGAACAAGAGCUCGACUGAGUUUAAUAAACGCAUGAUCGUAGAGCAAUUGCGUUCAGCUGGCGUGAUUGAAGCCAUUCGAAUCACGCGCUCUGGUUAUCCAAGUCGUCUUACCCCCGCUGAGUUAGCAACGCGUUAUGCUAUCAUGUUCCCGCCAUCUAUGCACAGUAAAGACGUCCGCCGCACGUGCAGUGUGUUUAUGACUUCGAUCGGUCGAAAAUCGCCGCUAGAGUAUCAGAUGGGUAAAUCAUUGAUUUACUUUAAAAAUGGAGUAAUGGAGGAGUUGGAGGCUAUGAAGUCAGAUUUUAUGUAUUACGAAGCGCGCACAAUCCAGCGGAUUGCACUUGGGUUCUUGGAGCGCCGACGUUUGCGCAACAAAAUUAAUGCUGCAAUCGUAUUGCAAUCAUACGCGCGAAUGUCAUUGGACUUUAAGGAGUAUCAUUUUCAGCGCCGGGCAAUCAGGAAAAUUCAGCGUGGUUGGAAAAAGUACAAAAUGAUUCCUGUCGAGCCUGAAUACGACGACUAUCGAGCUGAUGAGUUCAACGAUGGUGAGGAGUGGGUACAUGGUGAAGACGACUCGGAUAUGGGCGAUGAUUUCGAUAAUGACCCGGCUUCGAUCCGUGGAGGACGCGGUAGGUCGGUCGUGGACCGUAUGGAGUCGUUCCGAGUGGCCCAUUCAGGUCGACGCGGCAGCGUCAAACGAUUAAAUGAGUUGUCGGCCCGUGCCAAGAGCUUCAUGAAGCCAAGAAGUGGUAGUGGGAGCACUUCAAGCUCGAGUGGCAUUUCGUUGGAAGAUGAAAAUUCGAUGCUCAAGAUCGAAAAUCGCAAUUUAAAAUAUGAUCUGGAAUUGAUGCGUGAACAGUGCAUCGAACUCCAAGCUAUCAUUCUUGAGAUCAACAAAAGCCGCAAAAGGUAG